CUGACACCUUCGGUGUGUCGGGUUAAAUAUCGCCGCGUCCUCUCUGACCACGCGGGACACGCCCGCCCGUGCCCUGAGGACCACGGGAAGGAGUCUCGGGGUCGUACGUACGCAAGGGAGCAGGUCCAGACGGGGCUCAGAUGAGCAUGAGGAGGUUUUUCCGAGCGCACCGGGACGAGGACUACGGUCAGAUCCAGUAUCUGACGGCCAAGUGCACCCGGCUGGCUCAUGACAAAGCCGUUCUCGAGAGGGAGUUCCUGUUGUCCAGGGAGCGGGAGAGGAAGCUGCAGAAUGAGCUGGAGAACGUGGCCUCUCGGCUCCUCCAGCAGGAGCAGACGAACAUGGAGCUGAGGAUGAGCCAGGACCAGCUCAUCAGCAGGGUCCAUCAGCAGCAGGACCUGGUGGACCUGCUGCAGCAGCGCCUGGUCCUGCUGGCGGAGGAGAGCUCCCGGGACGUGGAUCUGCUCCGACAGGUCGGCUCGGAGCUGCUGUGCCUGCAGAGCUCCGAGGAGAAGCUGGAGGGCCUGGUGGAGGAGCUGCACGCAGAGGCCCGGCACAGAGCCGCAGCGGCAGAGGGUCUCCAGGCAGAGCUGCGUGCUGAGGCCCAGUGCAGAGCUGCACUGACGGAGAGCCUCUACGCGGAGCUGCGCGGUAAAACUCUGGAGCUGGAGGAGGCGCGAGACACCAACAGAGCCCUGACGGAGGAGCUGGAGGAGCUACGCAGAGCUCAUCAGGAGGAGGUGCGGGAGCUGCAGCGGGAGAACGAGGGCAGUCUGAGGAAGCUCCAGGAGACGGCGGAGCAGUUUGAGUGGUUGUGUCAGCAGCAGCGCAACUGGAUUUGCUGCGUCAAGAGGUUCAAAGACUACCUGAUGGAGGACAGAGAGGCUCUGCUGCAGCAGGUCAUCAUGCUGGAUAAGAAAAUUGGGAAAAUGAAGAAGAGUUCACAAGCCGUCAGCACAAAAGAGAGCCUCCUCUGCCCCCUACAGGACACGGAGAGCUGUGACAGCAGUGUAACUUUGUGGGAUCCAGACGCGGUGACUCAUCUGGAGUCACGGGUGGAGAAAUCCAACAGGAUGUACGAGAAGCUCUUCCAUCAGGCGGGGAGCCCCAUCAACGGACACCAAAAACCUCCGUGAGGACAGAAGCCUGGAGCCCGGACGUUUUUCGCUUUCUCUUCCCACCUUCUGCAAAACCACCAGUUUAACUGCUAGAUGUUUGUGUGCGCGGUUAGCUUAAUUCCUACUCAUUGUUUCAGAAAAAAAACAAACCCCAAACUGUCCUGGAAACGCACACACACCUGCGAGAACGUACGCUCAUUGUUCUUUCUCUGUGAUAUACGACCGAGUGGAAACGCUUAAACUCAGCGGGCUCCUGUUCUUCUUCGGCGGGUGUCACACAUGCACCUCACAUGUGCCUGAAGUUUGUCUGGUCACAGUUUUCAGUAAUCGUCCAUUAUUCAGAGCUGGUAAUCAACACCGCCAGCGAGAGCACCUGAGAAUGUUCCCUUUUGUUGUUUUGCCAGUGAAUCCUCGCAGGAAAAACCAGCAGCUGGCGUGCAGAGGAAACAACAAAUGUGUUGUUUAGACCAAAAUGAAGCGCCGCUGAUUGUUCCCCCUCUAGGAGUUUGGUAAACCGUUACUCUAGCGUUCACAUCACUUGGCGCACGGUUUCAUCUUGUCAGCAGGAAUCUUCAUGAAGAGAUUUAAAGAUUAAGACUCGCACACAAUGGGCUCCCUUGUCUGAGGUUUGCGUUAACAUGUGGCCGUGACCAACACCACGUAUUAACAGGCAUUUCAUCUUCUGUGACUCUGCAUGUUGGUUCAUGAGGAGCUGGAGAUCAGGCACAAGUUCAAAUUAGACAAAGUCAUACAUUAUAAUUAAAAACUGAAUACAUUUUAUUUACAGGGAUCUAUCUGCAGGAACAACUUUCUCCUUUAUCUCUAAAUCGCUGCCUUUUUCUGCCAUUCUUUUCAACUCUUCCUUUUUAUCUUAAAUAUACAGUAUUUUCAAAUAAACUGAUCUCCUGGCUUGGUUCAAAGCCUAAUUCAGGGGUCUUCAAUGUUUUUCAGACCAGGGAACCUCAAACUGAUGGAGAGUUUAUGUACCUACUAUACGUGUUCUGUAUUAAACUAGUGCUGUUUAUAA